CUCCUGCACUGGUUCCUGCACUGGUUUCCACUCCCACACCAGCUCCUGCACUGGUUCCUGCACUGGUUUCCACUCCCACACCAGCUCCUGCACUGGUUCCUGCACUGGUUUCCACUCCCACACCAGCUCCUGCACUGGUUCCCGCACUG